UUUUUUUUUCUAUAUCUUCCAUUCUUCUUCUUCUUCUUUUUUUUCUUCUCUUCUUUUUCUUUUUAUGUUUAUGUACAUUUGACUCUUUCUUUCUUUUACCUUUCCUUUUUUGAACUAAAGUAGAAAGAAACAAUUCUCUCUUUAACCCUUCCCCCCUUUUUUUUUCUUACAUAUACCUUUUAUUAUACUCUUUCUCUCUUUAUUUUUAUACCAAAAGACUAUGACUGUCUGGAUACCUCAACAACAAGGAUUAUAUGAAUUAUUACUUCUUUUUUCUGAUGCAGCUCAACCUCAAAAUCAUAAUCAACUUGUGAUACAACAGAAAUUGGAAUCAUUCAACAAGAUUCCUGAUUAUCCUUGUUAUUUGGUAUAUAUUUUGACUGAAGUUCAAGGAAAUAUUCAUACUCGUAUAACAGCUGGUCUUACUCUCAAGAAUAGUAUAUUAAACCAUUACAACUCUUUUCAAUUAAAUGUCUUGGAUCAUGUCAAGUAUUGUUGUACUCAAGCAUUACAAAGACCUGAUCGUGAUUUGAAUGUACGAAAAACUGUAGCCUCAGUUAUUACUGCCCUGGUGACGCGUGGUCAAGUUCAUAACUGGUUUGAUAUUUUAUUGUUAUUGGUGGAAAAAUUAUCCCAUACAACUAGUAGUACUAUCGAUAUUGAGAUGGCUUUGGAUACUUUAUGCAAAAUAUGUGAAGAUGCUACUCGUGACUUGGAUCAAGAAAUGCAUGGACAACGUCCCCUUGAUUUUAUCCUACCCAAUUUAAUUCGAUUCUUUGAUCAUGAUAAUGCCUCCUAUCGUGUUCGUGCCAUGUCAGCCACCAAUCAAUUUAUCAUGUUACAAUCUGUAUCUCUGUUUGCUUGUAUCGAUGACUAUUUGAAAGCAUUAUUUGCUCGUGCUGAUGAUUCUGAUCCUGAUGUACGUCAAGAACUCUGUCGAUCUAUUACUAUGUUAAUGGAAGCUCGUCCUCAAGUAUUACAACCUUAUAUGUCAAAUAUAUUGGAUUAUAUGAUUCACUCCAUUCAAGAUGAUGAUGAAAACGUGGCGCUGGAAGCUUGUGAUUUUUGGCCUAUUUGUGUGGAUGUGGAUGAAUUACAACCCUUGUUAUUACCUGCUCUUCCUCGAAUUAUCCCCUUAUUGCUUUCUCACAUGGUUUAUUCCGAAAUUGAUGUUAUGAUGCUUGGUGCUGAUGCUGAAGAUUUAGAAGAUGCUAUUGAAGAUACUACUAAUCCUGAUUCACAUCUUUUUAUUCCUCAAUUAUAUCGAAAAAAUCAAUAUCAUUCUACUACUACUACAACAACAACAACAACAACAACAACAACAACAACAACAACAAUGAUGAUGACCCCCGAUAACUCAAAUAACCCUGAUGAUAACAACAAUACUCCUAUUACCCUUACUCAUUAUGGUAUUAAUGACUCUUCCUCCAAACCCAAUACAUCUAUAGAACAUCAAGGAUUAGCUGUCAUCAAAUUUCUUUUACCGUUACUCAACGCCUCUUUAUUUCAUCAACAUUGGAAAAUUCGAGAAAGUGGCAUCUUAGCUCUCGGUGCUAUUGCUGAAGAUGGUAUGACUGAAAUGAGUCCUCAUUUACCAUCACUGAUACCAUAUUUACUUCAAAGUUUGAACGAUACAAAGCCAUUGGUACGAUCUAUCACUUGCUGGACACUUGGACGAUAUUCUAAAUGGAUUGUUUCUCAGUAUGAUACAUCAGAAGGACGUCAAACGAUUUUUGAACCAGUAUUAUAUAGUCUCUUGGAUCGACUAUUGGAUAAAAACAAACGUGUACAAGAAGCCAGCUGCUCUGCAUUUGCCACCUUGGAAGAACAAGCAAAUCAAGAGCUUUUACCUUAUCUUCAACCUAUUCUUAUCCAUUUGACUAGUGCUUUCAACAUGUAUCAACAAAAAAAUUUGACAAUAUUGUACGAUGCUUUGGGAACUUUGGCAGAAUCUGUUGGAUCUCAAUUGAAUCAAACAAAAUGCUUGGAAUUAUUGAUGCCACCAUUGAUUGCUCGUUGGAAUAACUUAUCUGAUCAAGAUACUAAUUUAUUUCCUUUACUUUCGUGCCUCUCUUCCAUUACUACUGCUUUAGGGACUGGGUUUGAACCAUAUGCAUCACCAGUGUAUAUCCGAUGCGUCAAACUCGUGGCCUCAACCUUACAUGCUGCAUACCUUGCUGAUCAACAUCCCCAUGAAAUGGAUCCUCCUGAUGUUGAAUUCAUGAUUUUUGCUUUAGAUUUAUUAUCUGGAUUGAUUCAAGGUCUGGGUCCUGUCAUGGUACCACUUAUUUCUCAAUCUGAACCCAAAUUAUUAUCUUUGUUGGAUGUUUGUGUCCGUGAUCCAUUGACAGAAGUACUUCAACCUACAUUUGUACUUAUUGGUGAUAUUGCUACAUCUUGUUUUGAACAAUUGGAACCCUAUUUACCUUCCUUCUUACCUGAAAUAGUGGAUCAAAUGCUACCUGAUUAUCAAUGUCUAUCUGUGUGCAACAAUGCUAUGUGGUCUGUGGGUGAGAUUGCUUUACGGUGGGGAAACAAUAUUGAACCUUAUUUACCACGAUUGAUGGAAAGGCUUUAUCCUAUUUUAUUGUCCUUGGAUUUACCCGAUUCUUUACGUGAAAAUGCAAUGGUAACUUUAGGUCGUUUGGGAAUUGCAUGUCCUACUGUCAUGGCUUGUCAUCUUCCUUUGUUCAUUCGUCCAUGGUUAGAAAAAUCAACGACUGUUCAAGAAUAUGGUGAAAAAGAAUCUGCUUUUAAGGGUUUAUGUGAUAUGAUCAAGGUGAAUCCUCAAGCAGGCUUGAAAGAUCUUGGCACUCUUAUCACCAUUAUCUCCAAUUGGCAAUCACCAUCCCCUAGUUUAAACGAAGAAUUCGAUGCAAUAUUACAUGGAUACAAGAAAAUAAUACCAAUUGAGGAAUGGAAUCAUAUAUAUUCUUCUUUAUCAAAUACAACUCAAAACAUACUUUCUACUCGAUACAAUCUGUGAUUAUCUAUCUACGUUUUUCUUUUUUAGUCUUCUCCUACUCGUCCCCCUGAUACAAUAGUAGUCACUUUGAUUAGUCAAAAUAAUAAAAUUUACUGUAUUUUAUAAAUAU